AUUAAAGUAAAGUUUUAAUAGCUACUUGUUUACAGUCUGAAUAAAGAGGUAGGCUUGCUGACUGACAAGUUUCGGGAAACGGAGCGCACUGAAAUGGAGUCUCAGCCUGUAUCGGGCCACCAGAACAGAACCUACGGAACGGCCAAUCCCGGUUACAUGCCAGCGGCUGCGGGGGGACCCGCAAUGUUCGCCCCACACGCAGCUGAGUUCCAGGGCCCCAGCGCUCCUCCAGCCAGCAUGUUUGAUAAAAUGCCUGGCUACGAAGGAACCGUGGCAGGCGGAGGAGGUGGAUUUCUGCCGCCUCCAAUGCCUGCUUUCCCAGUUCCUCAACCUCAACCUGGACCCGAACAACCCCACUGGAAUAUCCCAUCUAUAACUGAAGAUACUGCCCGGGAAGCGUUUGUCCAGUUUGCCUCCAGCAAGUGCUGCUAUAGUGCAGCACCAGCAAAGGAGGGUGUGAUCACCAAGAUGGAGGCAUUCAAUACUUACAGGUACCGCUUGGAAACCUUUACUGAAUCAAGAUCUACAGAGUGGAGUCACGAGCCGUACAACGGCCAGCCAGUGGAUGCCUUGGCCCAACCACCUCCAGGCCCCUGGGAUGUUCCUGCUCAAAUUCCCAACUUUUUUGUGGAUGGCAAACAGAUGAUGAAGGUUCCCUACACGUCGUCCAUUAAGGCCUGCCACGUUUGUGUGGGAAUGGGUCGAAAACCUUGCAAAGACUGUGCCGGUGCUGGCAAUAAAGUUUGUUGGGUCUGCAAUGGAUCUGGGUACCGCAUGGGAAAUGAUCAAUGCAACCACUGCCGUGGCAGAGGACGAGAAAAUUGCAACCACUGUCACGGACAAGGAUCGAAGCAAUGUGAAACAUGUCGUGGAAAACAACAGCUUCUGGUCUACAUCAGCCUCACUGUGAAAUGGACCAACAACUCUGAUAACUAUGUUGUGGAACAGUCAAGUGGACUGCAGGUGGGCAACCUCAGCAACGUGUCUGGCCAGGAGCUUUUCAGGGACUCUCAGUACAUGGUAUACCCAGUGAUGGGCUUCCCAGACCCUUCAGUGGUGAAUGCUGCACAGCGCCUUGUCAAUGAACACCAGGGCAGGUUCUCCCAGACCUCACGCAUUCUACAACAGCGUCAAACCAUAGAGCUGAUCCCCAUCACCAAGGUGACCUACUUGUGGAAAGGGAAAUCACACAUUUACUUUGUUUAUGGGAAUGAGUUCAAAGUUAGUGCAGAUAACUAUCCUGCUACCUGUUGCUGUACUGUGAUGUAAUUUCAAUGGCUGUGUGUAUGAAGUUUUUUUUUCUUUCAUUGGUUAUCUAAGUCAGUUCUACUGAUUACUGGGCACUUCCCUGUAUAUACAAGAUAACUAAUGUUUGGAAAGUGUUUUUGUUGUUGCGUGCCAUAUGUAUGCAUGCAACACAGAAAAGAAUUGCUAAUUAACACAGUAUAAACCAUAAUUUUACUAUAUCCCCUGAAAUCGAAGCUUUUUGCUCAUGCGGAUAUGGAAACAGUGAUUUCUUUUUUACAUGUAUUUACACCUAAUCAGUUUGCUCUCAUGGCAAAAAUAAUAUAGUUUUAUGUGAAUGCAACUAAUUGUUAAAUGUGAAGGAUUUUGUAAGACGAAAAUGUAAUAUUAGCUUUGCAGUAUUUCAUUAAAUUAAAUAAAUGGUAUUUCG